UCUUCCUUAAUUCCAUUUUUUUUUUGUUUCCUAAUUUAAAAAUUUCUAUCAAAUCUUCAGUCUCAGAUUCUCUCUGUCAGAAAACGAUUCACAUAAUCUUUUGUUUCUUACUUCUGUUAUCUCUCUUAAAUCUUCUCUUGGAUUUUGCUUAUGAUCCAUUAGCUUCUGAAAUUCAGUUAUGGCGUUUUUGAGUGGUGGAUUUGAUAUUAAGUCGAAACGUGAGUGUGAGGGAUUAGGGUUAGGGUUUGUUAGGUUUACUAGAGGAUUAGGGAGGAAAAGAAUUCUCAUUUCUAAAUCUAAUUCAAAUUCUGAUCGAGCUCGGGCAAAUGAUUCGUCGCCGGAAGCUAAUAAGUCUCUGCUUGAAACUCUGCAUCAAGAUAUUUUGAUUCGAGUUCUUUGUCAUGUGGAUCACGAGGACCUAGCCACACUAAAACGUGUAUCUAAAACAAUAAGAAAAGCUGUAAUUGAAGCAAAGAAGUCGCAUUUUGAUUUUAGCACACCUAAAAAGAGAUUGCCUUUUCGAGACGCAAUACUAGUCCUUGAGGAAGAUUCGGAUUCGAGUAAUCAAGAUGAUGAAAUGGAGCCUCCAAAUGCACCAAUUCGAAGGAGGAUUAUUAAUCGUGAAUCGGAUUUGUCGAAGAUCUCUAUGGUAUUGUUUAAAUGAAGAAGAAAGGUAACCAAAAAAAGAAGAAGAAGAAGUCAGCUAAUUGUGCAGAAGAACAAGACAUUGAGUUCGCUUUCAAUUCUUAUCAUUGAAGCUUUUUAUUAUAUUUACUUAUAUCAUGUGAAUAUAACCAAUUAUUUGCAGACUUUGGAAGGUUAAAUAUUAUUUGUGAAUAAUUUAAUCUUUUGGCUUGUGAUCAGAGUAUCCUAA